AAAAAAAAAGUAUAUGUGAAUAUUUCAAGUAAAGUUUAGGCUCGUAGUCACCACAACAACACUGGGAGGCACGUGUGCUGCUGGCGGCGCCUCUUACUCACCAGUCCUUAGAUCGCUACCAUGCAGAGCGACGACAUAACAUGGAGUAUCAUCAACAAGUCCUUCUGUUCCUUCAAGAUCCAAACCAAGUCCCAGAAGUUUUGCAGAAAUGAGUUCAAUCUGACAGGCUUGUGCAGCCGCAGCUCGUGCCCCUUGGCUAACACACAGUAUGCUACAGUUCGGGAGGAAAAGGGCGUCAUUUACCUGUACAUGCGCACAGCUGAGAGAGCUUUUUUCCCUGCCAAGCAGUGGGAAAAAGUGAAGCUUUCAAGAAAUUUUGUCAAAGCUUUGCAGCAAAUUGAUGAGAAUCUUAUCUUCUGGAAAAAAUACUUUCGCCAGAAAUGUCGGCAGAGAUUACUGAAAAUAACUCAGUACCUCACUCGCAUGAGAAAAAUCAAAUUGGGGCGACAGAAGAAGUUGGUGCCUAUACAGCGGAAGGUUGACCUGCGCAUAAAGAGACGUGAAGAAAAGGCCCUUGUUGCUGCAAGAAUUGACAAUGCCAUUGAGAAACAGCUGCUGCAGAGACUGAAGGAUGGAACUUAUGAGCGCAUCUACAACUUCCCACAAGAGGCUUUCAAUGUACGGAUAGAUGAAGAAGAGGAAGAAAGUGAAAUAGAAGAGGAGGAAGAAUAUGAAGAGGAGAAGGAGGAAGAAGUAGAGACUGAUGAGGACGUUGAAGGAGAGUUGGAGAAGGAGGCUUUGGAGGAUGAGAGGAGAGAAAUGGAUAGUGACGAGGAUGAGGAUGAAGACGAGGAUGAUGAUGAGGAUGAAGAUAGUGAAGAGGAGCACCAGUUUGUUGCUGAUUUUGAUGAGAGUGAUGAUGACUUAGAGGAUGCUGCUGGAAGGAUAGCCAUGAGCUCAGAUGAGGAGAACCAAUCCGGUGAUGAGGGUGAGGAAGACGAGGAGGAAGCAUUGAUGCCAAGCAGGAGUGUGGGGAAGAGGCCGGCAGGUCCACGGGUCAUAAAGAGGAGAGGAAAGGCCCGGCUGGAGGUGGAAUAUGAGAUGCCAGAAGACUCCAGUAAAGUGAAAGUUACGACAUAAAGUUGAUGUAUAAAAUAAAGUUGAGGUUAAGUG